GCGUAUAAAUAAAUGAGGUGGGCACAAAUAUUUAGUAGAACUGAAACCAUGGCUAAAAUGAGCGUUUCCCGUUGGAUUUUCUGUGCAUUAUUGCUCACUGUGGCUACCUCAGGUUUGUCGAUUGCGGAAGAAGACGGUGGCAAGAUAGUCGGUGGACAAUUCGCUUAUCGGGGACAGUUUCCAUGGAUGGCUGUCAUCACUAGCGAAAUCAACGGCACAGUCCAGUUGUACUGCGGAGGAUCCAUGAUUAGCGGAGAUUACGUAAUCACGGCGGCCCAAUGCGUUCCACCAGAGAAUGAUUACACUGCCAAGAUUCGUAUUGUCCUCGGUGUCCAUAACGUAUCGGCAACGACUGAGAUUGGUCGUGUUGAUCUCAUCGCUGACUAUCAUUUUGUUCAUCCUGAUUACAAUGCAGCCACUUUGGCCAACAACAUUGCCAUAGUCCAUUUACCAACGAGAGUCAGCUCAUCACCUUAUGUUAAGGAAUCACAGCUGCCCUAUGCAUCCGAGUGGAACGCAACUUAUCUGGGCAUAAGGACCCGCGUGAGCGGCUGGGGAGCGGACAGAGAUAAUGGCCUGUCUAAUCAUUCAGAUGUCUUACGAUAUGUUGACAAUAACGUUCAGGAUUUGCAAGUAUGCCAGGACUAUUACGCAUUAACAGGAUUCGAAGUAAACGAAAAUCACAUAUGCAUUAGCACUGAAGGAGGACGCGGACCUUGCUUUGGCGACGUUGGGUCUCCCCUGACCCUGACCGAAACCAGCUCUGAUGCUCACCAGAUCGGAUUAUUUUCGUUUGGCGACAAAACCUACUGCACUCGCGGUAGGCCCGUUGUGUACACCAAGUUUGCCAGUUAUUGGGACUUCAUUACUGACUACACCGGAAUUCGUCCUCAAGCCGAACUUUAAUAUUUUGAUAAGAAUGUGUAAUAAAAACUCUCUAGUAACGCA